CAACAGCUAAAGCAGUCCUUGCCCUGAAGAGGAUGCAGUCAGAUCUAAGAUUAGAGAUGACAGCACUGCAAGGGGCUGGACCUGGAGAAAGAGCAAGGUCCUUGUUCAACCAGAAACAUAAAUGCUCGUCUGUCUCAAAGUUCAGUGGAUUGGUUAAGCACUGCCAUGGCUCAAGGUUGGACUGAUUGAUGUAGAGAAGUAUUUUGGAUGCAGGUUCCUGAAAAACCUCCUGUUUCUGCUGUUUUCAAUGCUCUGAUGUUCUUGCAUAGAUACUCUCACAGACACAGAUUAGACCUUUGGGAAAUAUGAUUUCAUGUCUGUGGAAUUAUGACAUUUCAUUCUGAUUAAUGUUUUGGCCCAUUGUGAUAAUGCCAGUGGGAUGGAAUGUUAUCCAUUAAUAUCCAUGAGCAUUCCCUGGGACACACAGCCCUUGUGGUUCCUCUGCUGCCUUCUGUUUCCUCCUCCUCUCAAGGCCAUAUUCAUCACCAAACAUUUCUUUUUUCAUGCUCUGAAGUCCAUGACUCUCCACCAGUUUGCAGUGUCUUGGGAUAUGGCCUCUGGCCUUCAGGCAUGUUUGACAGAUGCAGAGAAAAGAGACCUGACCCGAGUCACUUUAUUGCCCUCUGCAGUGCUUUUCCAGCCUUCCUUCCAGGGGUAGAUGCACCUCUGCAGAACCUCAGUCAUUUUUCUGGAGCUCUGAAUGCCUGCGCCAGACUCUGGAGCUACCAAAGCAGCCUGGAUUUAUUGCUGGUUUCCUCUGCAUUUUCUCAAGGACUGUGUUUCUCUCUCUGCUUUUUCAGGUUGCCACGUCCACUUAAAAUCUUGCAGUGCGUGCCCCGUGUUCAUUAUUUAGCAGCACAUGGGAAAGCCCCCUCAGCUCCAGCUUGCUGGGAGUGCUGUACAAUUGUAUCCCAACUGCCUGCUCCACUUAUCUGCUGCAUUAUUUCUGUGAAAGCAAAAGCUGUGCAUGGAACAGAUGCUUGGAAUGGUAUUGGGAUCCAAUUACUGCACUUUUCCAACCUUACAUCUCUUGUCUAAACUUGGAGCAGGCAUAUUUUUGUUCCUUGGUGACACUAUAUAAAGAGACAAUUGGCAUUGUGUUUGCUGGCUGACUGGUUGGCAGAGAAGAGGUGGCAGGAACAGCAGCACCAUGGCUCCCAAAAAGGCAAAGAAGAAGAUAGAAGGUGGCUCCAAUGUGUUCUCUAUGUUUGAACAAACCCAGAUCCAGGAGUUCAAAGAGGCUUUCACCAUCAUGGAUCAGAACAGGGAUGGCUUUAUUGACAAAGCAGACUUGAGAGACACGUUUGCUGCACUAGGUCGUCUGAAUGUCAAGAAUGAAGAGCUUGAAGACAUGGUGAAGGAGGCGCCAGGUCCUAUUAACUUCACUGUCUUCCUUACUAUGUUUGGGGAAAAGCUGAAAGGCACGGACCCAGAAGAAACCAUUCUGAAUGCUUUUAAGAUUUUCGACCCAGAAGGAAAAGGCCGCAUAAAGGCAGACUACAUCAAAGAAAUGCUGAUGACACAGGCAGACCGGUUCAGUCAAGAAGAGAUCAACCAGAUGUUUGCUGCUUUCCCUCCAGAUGUCUCUGGUAACCUGGACUAUAAGAACCUUUGUUAUGUUAUCACCCAUGGUGAGGAGAAAGACUAAGAGCAGAGAGAUGAGCUUCUCCUGUGGUGCUGCACCAAGUUAUUUCAUAAUGCCUUUGUGUGCAAGACAAAGGGCUGAACAUCCAGUAUGUGAAGCCAUGUGGUCAUCAGAAGAGAACCAAUAAAACAAUUGAAAUUAGAUUAAAGUUAUUUAAUGCUCCUGGUUUUAUAAUAUUUUAAAAUAAUAAUUUUAAAAUAUCAAAAUACCCAUUUUGUGAGGGUUUUUUCCCCCAUCCUUUUUAUUCUCCCUGUCAGUGGUUUGAAAUGGAAUUUUGUUGAUGAACCGGUGCUUUUUUGAUUUAUUGACAAACCUAAUGUUCACCAGAUGGUCCAUUGGGCACUGCAGUGUUGCUUAACCUCUUGUCUUUUAUACAUAAGUUCCACGUAUUAAUUGAGAAAUCCUCUAACUUAUUGCACCAGGAAGAAUAUCUGGUAAAUAGAAUUAUGUUCCAUUUCA